AUGUUCAAAAUGGCCAUAACUGGACUCCAGCGGGUUCCUCUUUCAAUGAGAGGAAUUGAAAAUUGUUUUACUUUCGUCAAACCGAUUUCUGAGGUCGAUUUCGUGAGAAAAUUGUGCGGGAUUGCACAGCCACGGCGAACAGGGGUAAGUUAUAGACUACUUACAGUGUUAUAAGGGAUAGUGAUUAAGGUGAGAAAAUAAAUCACAGUUAUCCAGGGGUUCUGCGAGUAAAAUAUGACGAAAUAAAGCAAAAAAAUAAGGGAUAUUGGGUUCACAUACAUUACGCAAGGAAAAAUUAACGAAAGGAGUAUGUCACGAAAGGAGCACAUACUCGCGAAAGUAAUAUUUUCCUCCGCCGGAGAAAUUAUUUCGUUUCUUCGUUCUCAGUAAACAGCCGUUAUAUUAUGAUUACCAGGAUGAUUUUUACAAUUAUUAUUAUUACUAUUAUCAUAUUAAGUAUUAUUAUCAUUAUUAACAUUAGUAGGAACUUUUGUUACUUGCAGGCUUCCUUGUUUUCCACAAAUGCCAUUCUAAAUCAAAGUACAUCAGAAGUCCAACAACCAACGCCAGUGGUAACCACUCCAUCCAAGGAAACAGCCAUCAGUCAUUUUGGUAAAAAUGGAAGCACAACUGGGGAUGAAGCCUACAGAAUGCCACACCCAGUCUGGUACGAGCCUCUAAACAACGUAAUCUCACGAUACUAUCUAUUACAUCUAUUGAUAUAUCAUUCAGAGUUCAUAAAACUACGUGAGAAAUUAAAGACUUCACUUACAAAUUCAAGCUUUUUAAACUAGCUGUUUUUUGUUUUCAUUUAGGACGGCAGAGGAUGUCCUCAGCGUGAAAAUUACUCACCAAAAACCACAAAAGUUUGUGGAUGAGGUAUUAUUUUUGUUCCUAGCGAUCAGAAGUCAUAUGUUCUUGUAAGUUUCGAGGCUGAAAGGUUAUAAAUUGAACGUCAUGCCAUGCAGCAAAAUAUGACUUACCUGCCACAGUGCUUCAGAGCUUUUUAUAACAUGUCUACAUAAUCCCUACACAUCCCAGGUUACGUUCGUUUAAUUUUUACUAAGUUAUUGGUUAGAUGGUACUGUGGUGGAGAAAUUUACUGGAAAUCGUUCGUGUGUAAUUUUGUAUCUGUAUUUUGUAUUCAGUUGAGUGAUAAUUCCAUUUCAUUCUUUCUAAACCUACAGCUUGCAUACAAAAGUGUUCAGGCCUUGAGAGCAGCAUUCGACAUCAUAUCAUUGUAUCGCUUCAUGGAGCUCGACGAAAACCGCUGGCUCAAGUAAGUUUGAGCUGGUUUUCCGACACUUUAGCCCCCCCACGUCGGUCUGUACAACCAGUAAACUGACCUGGGCCACGUCUUGAUUCCAAAGCUAGCCGCAAAGGUGGCGUAAUUUUUGUAAUUUGUCUCUAAUUGGAAAAAUACAUCGUCGUACACGGAGGAAAUCAGCGUGGCUAAGACUUUUUUGACUAGCUUCUUUUGAAGCUGGAUCUUUUUUUGUGGUACCGUUUACACAACAUAUCUGCUUAAUUAAAUCAACAGUCGGAUCAUUAUGUUAGAGACAAUAGCAGGAGUUCCUGGAAUGAUUGCUGGCAUGACAAGACACUUCCACGCGCUUAGGAGGCUCCAGAGAGAUAACGGAUGGAUACACACACUUCUGGGUAAGCGAAAAAUAAAGGGUGCGCUGAUUGUAAAUUGAACUGUGGUGGCUUUCAACAGAAUCAUCUGAAAGUCAAUUGAUGUCUUUAAUCUUUAGAGGAGGCUGAAAACGAGAGAAUGCACUUGAUGACAGCCCUGGAAAUGAAGCAACCUGGGAUUUUAUUUCGGGGAGCAAUUCUCCUAGCUCAAGGUACCUCAUACUAUUUAUUUACACUCUACGUGAAUCAUUUUCACAGCCAAUUUUGGAUCUAUUAUGUCAUGAUACUUUGAACGUACUGCCGGUACAAGAUUGUUACUGUACUCAUUGGCUCUCAAGAAUGAUCAGUCCAGAAAUUCACCCAACUUGCUUAUAAUACUGUCGAACAAAUAUCAAAGGAGAAUAAAGACUUUUUAAUUUUUAUACCAUCAAAUGAAGUAUAUAAAUACAAGAAUCAAAAGUGACGAAGAUGGAAUAAUCAUUACGUGAAUAAUUCAAGAUACUAUCAACAAGAGGAUGCAGAGGGUUCAUUUAGGAGAAUAGAAAGCUUUCAAAUCUUGAAGGUGGGUGGCUUAAGCCUCAAUGUCCCGUAUGUGAAGGGACCAGGAAGUGCUUAUGUACAGUUAUACUAAGGAUAAGAAUAACUUGUUUCUCCUUCAGAAUUGUUUUUUUUAAGCGCGUUUCUGAACAUUUCCAUGGCUUUAUUUUCUUCAGGAACGUUUGUAAACCUGUUUUUCUUGGCCUACCUGAUAAGCCCCAAGUUUUGCCACAGAUUUGUUGGUUACCUGGAGGAGGAAGCUGUUAAAACGUAUACUCAUUGUAUUGAGGUAUCAGAGCACCCUGAAGAUUGAGAUUACCGUCUUUUCUAGUUGACUUAGCCGGGUUGUAAUUCGUAUGUCUUCUAAAUAUUCCCCAGACUUUAUCUUAUCUUGACUCAUUCAUCUUCCAUGUUUGUAGUGUAUCGACAGCGGUAAGUUGCCUCUGUGGGAAAAUCUUUUGGCUCCCAAGAUUGCUGUUAAUUACUGGAAAUUACCGGUAAGAGUUUUCCGCAAGUUAGAACAAAAUAUUUUUCAACCUGACAUGAUAAAGGUUUUAUAUCCAUCUUUUCUUUCUCCUUCUUGUUUUUGUAAUUCAUAGGAGGGUUCAAGGAUGCGUGACGUCAUUUUGGCCAUUCGAGCUGACGAAGCUCAUCACCGAGUUGUCAAUCAUACUCUUAGUUCCUUGCCGCUAUGUGCACCGAACCCAUUCCAUCCUGGAGAAAAAAAGCUUUGA